AUGUCAUCCCCACUCCCCAUCCCCCGCUCCUCGCCCACCCUCACCGCCGACUCAUCCACCACCGCCUCCUCCCUCCUCGACUCGGCCUCCACCAACACCUCUCACAUCUCGUCCUCAUCCAUCAUCCCACCCACCGCCACCCGCCCCUUUGGUGCAGGCUGGAAGUCCUCUGACACCUUGCAUGCUGAAAAGCCCGCCGAUUUCGAGCCGGAUUGGACACGCUCUCCAAGCCUGCCCAUCUUGCCCUCUGUCAAACCCACCCAAUCUUCGUCAUAUCAGCAAGAUCUCCCAGACUACUCGCUCUACACGUCUGCGCCUCAGACUGCGUUUCCCAACCCCGCUUGGGGCUUCGAUGCUCUCUCACACAAGGCCUCCUUGGGGUCCAUCGACAUUGAGCUUGGGGGUGGUAGUCCAGGGGGGCAUAGUCCCACCCACCGCAACGCCUUCCGACCACCCAGCGCGCUCAUUCAACAAAAGUCUACACCCAACCUCGGCCGGCCUGAUCUGUCCAGCCGCCGGUCUGUCCGAUUCGAGGUUGAUGAAGACGUUUCUUCCGAUGGCAGCGCGUCGAGCAGGGCGUUGAGUGCCAGUCUUCCCGUUCUCCCUAGUGUUGGUGAGGGGCGCAAUGUAUUUAUCCAUCGCGUCAGCCACACUCUUACCGAAGACGAGCUCCGCCAUAUCGCCACCGCCUUUGGCGAAGUCGUUUCUGUCAAAGUGCAGCAGACUCGUACUGCCAAGCCACAUGCAUUUGUGAUGUUCAAAAAGCCGGAGCGGGCUGCCAAGUUUAUGAGCCACCUCAGAUCACGCGCAGUAGAUUGCGAGUACGGCAAAGAAGACCACCAAGUACAAACAAAAGCCCUCGAGGACCCGCUCUCCGCCAACCUCUACAUUGCCGGCCUGCCUCCGUCAUUGACGUAUGACGCACUCGAAGAACUGUUGCUGCCGGGGAAGAUUUGCAGUUGGAAACCGUUGAUGGAUGAGGGGGGGAUUAGGAGGGGGCCGGUGAUGGCUAGGAUGCAGACGAGAGUGCAGGCUGAGGCGGUCAUCAAGCGGCUGACGGGCAAGUAUUACCCCGGUAUGAGUGAGAGACUUCAAGUCCGUAUCGCCGAUUCUGAGGAACAAAAACACUUCAAGCGCUACCAGAUGCGCGAACGUGUCACUUCUGUCCCUUCUCCUUCUGCUGCCGAGUUUGGACCGAUGAGAAGAAGAGCCAGUAUGCCUGCCGAGCCUAUGCGCCGGGACCUGACCGACCUUUCUUUUCUCCUCCAAAAGCAAUCUCUCCUCGCGUUCCAGCUCAACGCAAUCAACGAGAAGCUCGCUUCCUCCCACCUCUCUCCCACACACUCCAAUUAUCCACAUGCCCAUCCUCUUAGGCAAGUGCCGUCAUUCUCUCCCUCGCACGUCCCGGGUCCGUUGAUGGAAGAAGAUGAUGGCGAGUGCCCUGUACUUUCGCCCACCAUCUCGACGUAUCCCCGCCGCGGAUCGUCCAACACUUCCGUGCUGUCUUCUGCUUCUUACAACGCCAACCUGAGCGACCAGAUCUGGGGCGCCAGCACCCCCACCCGCACCCUCGCCGAACCAUGGUCCAUCGACCCCUUCGCAUUCCCCUCCUCCUCCCCUCCCUUACCCCACACCCAUUACUCACCCCUCCCCAUCUUGCCUCUCUCCGCCCCCAGGCCGAGACUGGGCACCAUGCUCAAGCGCGACUCGGACUCGCAAGUCCCUAUUUGCUACGACGCGAGUAACGCUGGAGGUGGUAAGGUGCAGAUGGAGAGCGGGGUGGGUAGGGUGGGGAUGUGGCGUAAAGGGUCGUCGGUGGGGGGUAUGGGGCUGGGGCUGGAUGUGGGACAGGAGAGCAAGAUGUCCGAAUGA